AACGAGGACUGCUGCACUCCAGCUAGUGUACUUGAUGCUUUAAUGUUGGACUGCAUUUGGGAUGCGGCCCCGUGUUGUUUUGGCCAGGUCCCGGACUUUUCUACGAGCUCUGCAGCGGGAGACAAAUGUCCGAGCUCUCGGUGGUGAUUGUGUGCAGCAUUAAAUCCGCGCUGAGACACUGGUGAGGGGGGUUAGAGGAAAAUAUCACCGAGAGAGAGAGAGAGAGAGAAAGAAGAGAGAGAGGAGUGCUGGUGGUCAUGGCGGAGGACAGUGAGUGGGUCGUGGAGAGCAUCGCCGGGUUCCUGGGCAGCCCCGAGUGGCUCAUACCGCUGACUGAUUUCAUAGAAAACAAAUGUUCAGUGUUCGAUGAUGAGGAGGAAAAUAAGUUAUCGUAUACAGAAAUCCAUCAGCAGUACAAACAGUUGGUAGAAAAGCUGUUAGAAAACUACAUGCAGGAAGUAGGCAUCAGUGAACAGCAGUUUCUGGACGCCUGCUCGUCUCCUUUUGCAAAGUCGAAAGCCUUGCAGGCUCUGUUCCAGCCGGUGCUGGCCACAAAUGACUUUCAGAUGUUUCGCUCCCUGAUGGUGCAGAAGAACGUGGAGCUGCAGCUUCAGGCCCUGCGUGUCAUCAAGGAGAGGAACGGAGCCCUGCCUGAGUGUUUGACCGACGGUACAGAUGUGAUGAGUGAACUGGAGCAGCAGGAGAUGCAGAUCCUCCAGGAGGUUCUCAAGCGGUCAAAAGAGGAGUACGAGGAGGAGAUCGCUCGCAGAGAACUCUUUGCUCAGAAGGUCGGUUCCACGUCCACAGGGCUCUGCGAGGAACCGGUCAGAAACGGCACCGACCCUCAGGCCGCCGCCCACACAGCCGCCCAGCCAAUCAACAUCCACAGCAAGAAAGAAGACAAGGAGAAAUCUGAGAGAAGUUCAGCCAUUAGAUCUCCUAAAGCCUCUGAUAAUUGUAGCACAGAGAUAAAGACACUAGCAGCAGUCCGGGUUCCGGUUAAAGCUCCUCCACCACAGAUGAUGAUGUCCAGGGAGAAGAGUGGCCAGCAGGCAGCAGAGAGCUGGUUAGAGGAGGCACGGAAGGAAGCAGGAAUCUCCAAACCCUUCCGAGAGCUGACGGUGGCACAGCAGGAGCAGCUGCAGCAGAGAGCUGAGUAUCUGAGGCAGCAGAGGGACAAACUGCAGGCGCUGAAGAAAGAGCAGAAAGGGAAAUCCGGUGCCGCUGAGGAAACCCUGUCACCGACGCCCACGCCCACGCCGGCUCCGCCCACACAGGAAAUCUCAGUUGAGGAGAAGAAGAAGUUGCAGAAGAGAAAACACCUGGCGGAGAAACUGAAAGAAGAAGUGAUUAAAAAAUAACGAGGAUAACAAUCUCUCUCUCUCUCUCUCCCCGCCCCUUCUGUCUCUCUCUCUCUCUCUCUCCCCGCCCCUUCUCUCUCUCUCUCUCUCCCUGCCCCUUCUCUCUCUCUCUCUCUCUCUCUCUCUCUCUCCCCACCCCUUCUCUCUCUCUCUCUCUCUCUCUCUCCCCGCCCCUUCUCUCUCUCUCUCUCUCUCUCUCUCUCUCUCCCCGCCCCUUCUCUCUCUCUCUCUCUCCCCGCCCUUUCUCUCUCUCUCUCUCUCUCUCUCCCCCCCCCCUCUCUCUCUCUCUCUCUCCCCCCCCCAUAUACACGCCUGAAUAAAUUGACAGAAUGAAGAGGAGACCAGGACCCGUUGGUUUAAACUCCUGAUUAGUUUUGGUGAUGUAACGUUAAAGGCAAUACAACAUUACAGAGUAAAGGAUUAUAUGGAGAUGUAUCUUCUUUAAUAAACACAGUUUUCUA